AUGCAUCGGGAGACACUGUAGGCGCCUUUUGCAGCCAGUGCAUGUCAACAAGGAGGAGGGUAGAGGAAUACACCUAUUAAAUAUAUAAAACGCUGGAAUUGUGAGACAAUACGUGUGUCUUCCAUUCUCUGUUUAACGACCUGUAACGUGUAUUUCUACCGACAUGGCUCCGUUUAGCCUCGUGACAGCUAGCGUUAGCUGGUUGGCUAAGACCUUCAGUGUUUUCUCCAGCAAAAGUGUUCUUCCAGCUGCAUACCUCAACCCUGUUAGAUGCCUGACCUCUCAGACCAGCGCCCCCCCAAAGAAACCUCUGAAUGGGUACCUGAGAUUUAUCAUGCAACAGAAGCCGGUCCUGACCAGACACAAUCCAGAAAUAAAAUCUGUGGAUAUCGUCAGGAAAAUCGCCCAGCAGUGGAGAACUCUGAGUGCCGAACAGAAACGGCCUUUUGAGGAAGCCUCUUUGCGGGCAAGGGAGCAGUUUAAGAUGGACCUCCAGCGCUACAAUGCCCAGCUCACCCCAACACAGAUCCAGCAACAAGCCUUGGAGAAGAGGCAGAGGAUGGCCAAGAGGAAGGCCCUCCGCAAGAAGAGGAAAAACAUUGUGUGUUUUCUCCAGGAGUUGAACAACCUCGGGAAGCCCAAGCGUCCUCGCUCUUCGUUCAACAUUUACAUGUCGGAGCACUUUGAGGAGGCCAGAGGAGCCACCACGCCGGAAAAGAUGCAGUCGCUGAUGGAGGACUGGAGGAAUCUGUUGAUUCACCAGAAACAGGUUUAUGCACAGCUGGCAGAGGACGACAAAAUUCGCUAUAAAAAUGAGAUGAAGUCAUGGGAGGAUCACAUGAUGGAGAUUGGACGAGAAGACCUCAUCCGAGAGCAGACCCUUUUAAACAACAAAAGAACUGCUGCAAAGACUUCAGUAGCCAAGACUGCUAAAGCUAAAGUAGUAAAGAAGGUGACUGCCACAGGAAAGUCAAAAACAACUAGGAAGACAGCAAAGAGUAGCUCUGUGAAAAAGGUCAGGACCAUUAGGAAGAUAUAAGAGGUGUUUAUCUCACCAAAGUGAAAAAUGGCAUUCGUGGCAGCUGGAGCAGAAGUUGUGAUGACUACUCGCUCGGUUUUACCCAACAACUCAACUCGCAAGCUCCGAGUUGGCAUGAACGCUUGUAAGUUCAACAGGAAAACAACUAUUACAGCAUCCUUAAAUACAUGUCACAUGUGUUCAGUAAAAAGUAAACCAAAUAAACCUUGACUCCAGGAUCUUUACUAGCAUCCAAAAGAUGUAGGGUGGGAAUGUUCCAAGUAGAGGACAUGAUGAAAUGUAAUGAUUUCACACCGUUUAUACCCUACUGUCUAAGUUUAGAGAGUAGUUCUAAGUUUACUGGUUCACUCUUAAAAUCAACCCCAUAUUUCUAUUUCAUAAACCAAUGAUCAGUUAGGUCAAGUCUAAACACCUACUAUGGCCAUGUCAGCAGGUGCCUGCUACGGAAGCCAUACGUCUUUAGAAGGACCCAACUGAUUUAUCUUUUUAUAAAAGCUCAGCAAGCAUUGUAGUUUUUAUUAAACAUGAGGAAAUAGUUCAUUUGUAGGUGCAGUAGUAGGGAAGUCAGAAACUACAGAAAGGCCAUCUAAUACUUCUAAGGACAGCAGUCUUAACCUGAGGGGAGUAGAUGACCUCACUUCCUGUGAAGUGCAGACAAGACCCUGGCUCCCAUUGGUGCAGCCUGACUCAAUUGUUUGGCUUGUGGCUUUUUAUGUGGCAUUACCUCGUACAGUCACAACCUCAAACUGUGAAAUAUUACUUUGUCAUUCAAAGCACAAGUAACAUGAAUGACUUAUUUGUUUUUAAGUUCCAAAUUCUCAUAGUUAAUGUCAUUGUGCAGAUUGUUAACCUCUGGUGAUACGAUUUUUCUUCCCACUGGUCCUUAGUCCAAUUGAUUAAAUGGCAUACCUUCUUUUAUAGUCAUCAGUCAAUGUGAUAUUAAUCCUGAAGUCCACUAUGUUCCUAGUCCUCAUGUUUGUAGGUUUUUCUUAAUCUACAGGUGUGCUCAUUAUUGGUUGCUUUUGCUAGUAGAAUGUAGAGCUACCAGUGUUUACUACACUGCUGUGUAUUUACUGAAUAAAGAAUUAUACACCUUUCUACAAAA